AUGGCAAAAAAGAAAGGAGGAAAGAAAGGAUAUGAAGAUAUAGAAGAUAUGUACGACAUGUACACAGAAAUGAACAAUGAGUACACAGAAGAAGUACAAGAAGAAGUAUCAGAAGAAUUAUCACAGGAUGUACAGGAAGAAGUAAGCACAGAAUAUGAUCAUGCACUGGAACAGCAGAAGGUUCUAGCAAGUAAAUUAGAAAGACUAACAAUGCAAAGACCAGUCCAAAAGGUAAAGAAAGAAGUAAAAAUAGAAACAGAGAAGGAAAUGGAGACAGAUUACAGAAGUCCCAUUUGCUGUAUCCUAGGACAUGCAGAUACGGGUAAGACUAAAAUUCUAGAUAAAAUCAGAGAAACAGACGUACAAUUAGCAGAAGCAGGUGGUAUAACACAGCAAAUAGGGGCAACAUACAUACCAAUAAAAGAACUAAUGAAGAAGUACAAUAUUACAUCAGAAAAAUUACCAGGACUCUUAGUCAUAGAUACACCAGGGCAUGAAGCAUUCUCUAAUUUACGGUCAAGGGGAUCUUCAAUGUGUAAUAUCGUUGUGCUGGUAAUUGAUAUAAUGCAUGGGCUAGAAUUACAAACCAAGGAGAGCAUAGAACUACUCAGAAGCAGGAAGACUCCAUUUAUUAUUGCACUGAACAAGAUAGACAGGAUUAAUGGCUGGAAAUCAUCAGAUACGCCAUUUUCGAUUAAGUCACAGAGUAAAGCAGCUAAAUUAGAAUUUAAGGACAGGUACGAGAAGAUUGUGUUGGAGUUGGCUAAUACUGGACUUAAUUCUGCAUUAUUCAUAAAGAACCCUAACCCGAAAGCGUAUGUGAACAUAGUGCCUACAUCAGCUGUAACGGGUGAAGGUAUUUCAGAUAUGCUAUCGGUGUUAUUAGACUUAGUAGAGAAGAACUUAUUAAAAAGGGUUAAGUUUGAAGAGGCUGUUGAGUGCAUGGUACUUGAAUCAAGAGCAGAAGAAGGGAAAGGUGCCACGAUAGAUGUAAUACUAUCAAAUGGGACAGUUCACGUGGGUGAUAAAAUCGUAGUGUGCACACAGAAUGGGGCAGUACAAACGGUGAUCAGGCACUUGCUAACACCGAACCCAAUGAAAGAGACUCGGGUUAAGUCAAAGUACAGAGAGAAUAAAUCAGUAAAAGCAGCAAUUGGUGUGAGAAUAUCAGCACAUAAAUUAGAAGGAGUACUUGCAGGGAGUAAAGUAGUCGUUGUAAAGAAUGACUCAGAUACAGACAGAAUCAUAGAAGAAGCAGACGAACAAAUCAGAGAGACAAUUCAAGCAUUUAUAUCUGGGGAUAAACAAACCACAUCAGGAACAAUUUUUGAUGUGGUCGGUGAGGAUGGCAUACACGCACAGGCAAGCACGCUUGGAGCACUUGAAGCAUUAAUUUCCAUCUUAAAGAAGGCAAAUAUUCCCAUAAGGACAGUUGGUGUGGGGAAUAUUUCAAAGAAAGAUGUCAUAAAAGUAUCUACAAUUUCUGAGAGGCAUCCAGAAUAUUCUGUUAUGCUGUGCUUUGAUGUGGCCCCAUCACAGGAGAUGCAGGCUCUUGGUAAGGAAAUGAAAGUGAAAUUCUUAACUGCUGAAAUAAUCUACCAUUUAACGGAAAAGUACAAGAAGCACAUGGAAGAACAAUGGGCAUUAGCAGAAGAACAGUUGAAAGAUAAAGUCAUAUUCCCAUGUAUACUAACAAUCGUACCAGGGUGUAUAUUUACAAAGCGGUCACCUCUCGUGCUGGGAGUAAAAGUACAACAGGGAAUACUUCGUAUAGGGACACCCCUGGCUGUGGUAAGAGAUGGGGAAAUUACAAGGAUCGGGCAGGUCACAAGUAUCCUGGAAGAUACAAAAACAAAUCCAAAGAAUGAUAAAAUACGUGUGGGGAGCAAGGCGUCAAUUAAAGUUGAGGUGACGGGUAACCAGCAGCCAAUAAUUGUUGGUAGGAAGUUAUUUGAAACUGAUCAGAUUAUAAGUAGGCUUACACGAGAAUCAAUAGAUUUUUUAAAGGAGAGUUUUAAAGAUGCUUUAACCAAGGAAGAUUGGUUAACUGUGAUAAAAUUGAAGGGAAUUUUAGGUAUUCAUUAACCGUUGGGAAUAAAUUUUAG